AUGAUUUACAAAAGCAAUCUGAAAGCUUACGACUUUUACAUGUAUCUGAAGUGGAAGAGUUACGACAUAAAAUUCAAGAAAUGAAUACCGAAUUAGAAAUUACUAAUAGAGAGCUCAGUGACUUACAAAAUCUUUAUUCUUCUGAUACAGAAAAGUACAAAAAGCGAAUAAAUGAGUUGUUGAAGCAGUUAGAUGAUGCUCGAAAAUAUGAAAAUACCACCAAAAUCGAUGAACAAUUAAAUAUACUAUCAGAAUUUAACGAAUUAAAAUCAAGAUAUGAGCAAAUAAUUAUUGAACACGAAGCAUCAAUUUCAAAGCUUAAUGAAGAGCAUGCGGACGUUAUUGCUGUCAAAGAUAAUCUCAUUCGUUGUCUUCAACGUGAAAAAGAAGAUCUUUCAAAUCAAUUCGCUGACUUUAAAAAAGAGGCACAAAACACUUUGGACACUGUUCAACAGCAGCUCCUAAAUACUCGUGAAGAAAUUGUAUCUAUAGUUGAUGAGAAUAAUAAUUUAAAUGUUGCCAAUGGUGAAUAUCUAAAGAAGAUUGAUAUUCUUAAGGCAUGUUUGAAAGAUUCCACAAGAGCAGAUUGCAGUGAAAUUGAACAAAUUCGAACAGAUAAUGAAAUAGAAGAAAAUUCCAAGGUUAAAACCGAAUCUAAGUGGAACCAAGAUGAAUCAACAGAAAUUGACCGAAACAUCAAAGUAGAAAAGAUG